AUGGAAAAUUCUAUGGAUCUUCAUUUAAAUUAUAUGUAAGUCGUCGUUCGACCGGGAUCAUCAAACCGCAAAAAUGGAUUUCAUGGCCAACAAUCCUGAUGGUUGUGGCAGCUAUGGUGGCGAGUCUGUCCCCUACACAAGCAAUUGUUCCACUUUUCCACGAAGCGACCAAAAUGGCGGGGCUUCGUCUGCCCAGCGACACCGCCGUGGGUACCAUCAUUUACCGCCUCCGCGCUACCGACGCCGAAAAAGACUACCCUUUGCUUUUCGGGAUUCGAGGUACAAUUGGAAACAAUCUCAUCAGCCUGGAUCAGCACGAGUGCACGCCCUCAAGCAACGUAUUUUGCGAGGCCGACGUGGUGCUCAGUAAAGCACUUGAGUCUGGCCGGGUCUACAUCUUCAACUUGACUGUCGCUGACACCCGCGGUGACCAGACGGAGGUCGUAGCCAGGAUAGACGCUACCGAUGGACGCACUCCCAUUAACACGAUCUUCCUCAACUAUGAUCCUAGCGUGCUCGUGCCAGAGGACCAAGCGCUGCAGACAGAGGUCGCAUCCCUAGUUGUGCGCAAGAGGCAGUCCUCGUCCUUCAUCGAGUUCGACAUCCUCGGCGACACUUCCCACCAUUUCCGCAUCACCGGCAGGCUGGUCUCAUCAAGCGAGAUCCGCGGUUCCAUCACCCUCGUCGCCACGCUCGACUACGAGACUCGCAACCUUCACACCAUAAAAGUCUGCGCCAUGAUGAUGGAGCCUCCCGACUACACGCCCAUUUAUGUUGAGAAUCCGUUCACGGACGAGCAAAUCGACACCCGCAACAUCGCGUGCGUCGGCCUCUCGAUUGCCGUGGGCGACGUCCAGGACGAGCCGCCGGUCUUCAUCAACGCGUCGCCCAUCACCAGAAUUCCACCCACCAUAAAACCGGGUGACGUUUUGGUGCAACUGGUGGCCAAAGAUGGAGACCAGGGAGAUCCUCGCCCAAUUCGUUUCUCGAUGCAGCCUUCGUCAUCGACGUACGCUGACUUCUUCAAGGUGGACCCGUUCAAGGGCUCGGUGACGAUGGAAGAGACGAUCACGAAGCUGAUGGAGAAGAUGGUGACGAUGGAGCCCAUUCUGAUGACGGUGACGGCUGAGGAAGUCGUCACGACAGCGUCUCAGUACCCGGCGCUCUCCACCCAGAUUGAAAUCGCCUUCGUCCUCGUCGACUCUGACUUGCCGCUUCCAAAAUUCGUCUUUCAGAAGUACACGGGAGAAAUCAGGGAAAACAGCCCCCCAGGCUCGCAAGUGUAUUUUGCAAGUCCGUUCCUGAGUAGAGUAAGUCUGGAAGACAAGGGCGUCAGAGGCGUCUUCUCGCUCUCCAUCGAAGGCGAUGAUGAUAUUUUCACGGUCUCGCCGAGCGUCAUCAGAGAUUCGUCUGAUUUUGUCAUCAACGUCAAGAAAUCUAACCUGCUGGACUUCGAAACAAUCAAAAGCGUGAAUUUUAAGCUGAUAGCGCGACCCGUAACGGGAGGACGGCAGACGUCGAGCGAGUGCGACAUCACUGUCAACAUCCUCGACACGAACGACAACCCGCCUGUGUUCUCCCAGGACGUCUACCAGGCCACGUUUUUUGAGAACAUCACCGCAUCGACGUCCAUAAUUACGGUUACGGCGACAGACAAAGACAGCGGAUCGUACGGUUCAGUGCGGUACACUCGCCUCAACGGGAACAUGGCGAGCAGCCUGUCGCUGGACCCCAUCACCGGCGUCAUCUCUUGCGCCACCAACAACCACGGCUUCGAUAGAGAAAAAAGUGCAGAAUAUCAGCUGACAGUAGAAGCGCGCGACGAUGACGGAAGCGGUAAUUCAGCUACCGCUCGCCUCAUCCUCCGAGUCCGAGACGUCAACGAUGAAGUUCCGAAGUUCAAAAAAGAAUUUUACACCGGCGUCAUGGAACCCAAUCUGCAAAGCUUGCGGGAACCUAUCGUUGUUGAAGCUACUGAUGCCGACGCAGAGGAACCAAACAAUCAAGUACUUUAUGCUCUUGAGCCUACAAGAUACAGCGACUACUUCGUCAUCGAUCAAGUUCGGGGCAUCCUGACGAUGAAAUAUGGAGUUCAGUUCCCCGCGCUCGCAAUGGAUAGUCAAAAUUUCAUUCAGCCGCUGGGGACCAACAACCGCGGCCGGAGGCAGGCGUCCGUCGACCCGGCUGAUGGGUCGACAGUUAUCACCCUGAGCGUUCGCGCCUACGAUCUCGGAAACCCCCAACUGAGCGACAGAGUCUUGGUGAAGAUCUACACCAAGGAGUUCGUGGAGUCGCUCAUGACGUUCAUCCUGCCAAUGAGUGAACCGGAAGCAAGGCUACGCCGGGACCAAGUGCAGUCCACCUUGGAUUUGUUGACGGGCGGCAGGACCAACAUCCAGUCUGUCGCUCCGUACUAUGAGGGCUUCGGUAGCCUCCAUAAAACAGAUACUUCCAAGAGCUCAGUGACGGCUCUGGUGCGAACCCGAGUCAAUAACUUCAUUGAUGUACAUGCCAUACAAAACCAGCUCAUCAACAUCACCAACUAUCCUCUCCUGCAGAAACAAGAACAAGCUACACAACAAAUAAGGCAACUAGAGAGCGCCAACUCCUCGUACGUGGCCUGGGUGGCAGUUCUGUGCAUCAUGCUGGCGCUCAUCAUCGUAAUCCUACUUUGCUGCUGCCUCUGUGCCGGCUGUCCGCUCUACAGGGGCAGGAAACAAAUGAGCAUGGUGACGGAUGAAAAUGGAGAAGGCAUUUCCUAUAUAAAAAUGGAUGAAUAUGGUAACAUGCGGGAACACGAAAAGAUUUGGUGGGAUUACCUGCCAACUUGCCUGACUGAUUUGUUCCUAUCAUGCGGCUGUCAGCGCCCUGACCACGGCAGAUACAUCAGUAACUCGCGUCUCGCCUGGAGUGGCGAUGAACGGCAAAGAAAUUGGCGAGUACAGCAACAAGCUGCCGGGGGAGUUGUCGAGGACGGGGCCAUGUUACGAAGGGACAUGAUGCGACAUCCUAGAGACAUGAUGCACAUCGAAGAUGUCGAUGAUGCCCGGCUCCAUCGGCAGAACGUUAUCCAGCAUCAGCAGAGCCUGAUGCAACAAAGUGCCCAGGUGAAUGUAGGUGGCGAACCCAGGCGUUUGUUCGUCUUGAAAGAUCCUAACGGAAACCCACAACCAACUGAUCACCUUAGGGAAGGGGAAACUUACCUCGUCGAAGACGUGGAUGAGACGCCAAGAAACAUCCAUCUUCAAGACACACAAGGUAAUGGAGAUUAUGGUCGUAAUCCGGGAAACGGAGAACCCCUCCGACUUCACGCCGGCCCGCGAGACGUCGCCCUGCUCAGUGAGCAAUUAAGGCGAGUCAAGCGGGCCGGCGAAGAGCCGGGGGGGACCCAGUCCUUACAAGGGGAUGAAGGAGGUGGGGGAUUAAGUUCUAGAAAUGUAGAAGGCUAUUCCAUAGGCGUAACACCUCGGGGUGAUGGAUAUGAAGACUAUGGCAACAAUGAUUCGAACUAUGUUCACGGGAGAGGAUCAGGCAACUCUGCAAAAGGCGGGCCAGGCAAGCGAAGGAUUUUGGAUGAUACGGUAGUUCCAAAGCUCAGAAUCAGAUCUCCCAAUGAGGACGAAAUGAUGGAAGAUAUCGAAGAUCUUUCAAAAACCAGUAAAGGAAAAAUACACGGCUAUAGGCACGAUCGUCCUGACCGUGGUGCUGGUGGAGGAGGAGGAGGAGGUGGUGGCGGCAACGUAUCUGAUAGAGCAGCGGCAGACAGAGACUAUCACGAGUACCUAAUGAAAGGAGGUGGAGGGCCGUAUGCUUAUCAGCACACAAAGGCUUCAAUACUUCGCUAUGAGUCAAAUAUGGCAAAACUUGAAGAAGAUCAGCUGGCUGAGGCCGCAAAGGAUCCGUUGUACAAUACAAUGCGCCGGAACAGCGCAGUUCAAGCAGAUGCACGCCGAGCUGCUGCGUUCGCUGCAGAGGAUGACUCUCUAGAAACGAGAAGGACUUUAAGUCAGGCGGCAUUAGAAUUGAAAAAUCGUAAAGAUGCAGUUGGCUGGUCCUACGAAAAGCCAGAAGAGUUAGAGAGGAGUGGUUCUGUACCGAACAUACAGCAAACAGAUCUGGAAAGAGAGGCUGCUCAAAGAAACUAUAGUAGGCGAGGUUCUCUGGCCGAAGAUGAAUAUUACGAUGAGAACAACAAGAAAAUGAAGAGAAGUGCCAAGUCACAGAGAUCACUGAAGCAAACCAAAGCAAAGGAUGUUCAUAGAAAGAGCAGAAGUGCAAAAUCAGAAUCCAACCUUCCAGACGAUGCCAAGACACACUCUGCGGGCGUCAUCCGCGGAGAAAUGGAUGCCGAUGCCUUGCGAGCUUUGGAGGAAGACAUGAAGAAAGAUUCGGAAGAAGGCGAUGAAGCUUCAAAAGUGGCAACUGAUAGAAGUCGUAAGAAGAGGAAUCAGAUGACGGAGAAGAAGAGCAUCUUCACUAUAGCAUAUAAUGACAUGCAGACUACGCAGCUAAGACCUGAUUCUGCGGCACCUGAUCCGUAGCCUUACCAUAGGGUUUUGUCAAUAGUGGAAGAAUGUAAAUAGAAAGGAAACAAAGCUAUCUGCAUAUGAGGGACUUCAAGUAUUUCUCACUGACUUUGUAUAAUCUUUUCUCGUUAUUUACAUCUUUAGUGUCACCAAGUCUAGAUUUCACUGUAAUCCUCGUCAUGGUGCAAUAAUAUAGUUAAUAUAAAAGAAGUAUUUUGAGAUGUCAGACCGAAAAAUUGACCAUUCUACAGCACACUAGCACCAACUCUCACAAAACACAAUCACGUACUAAAUAAACAAAAGACAGCGUAAGCCAACAACCAGAGUUCAACCGACAAGAAAUUUUAAUUUUUUUUCAAAAUAAAAGUCCGUCAGGUUUUAAGUCGUCAAAUGCCUAAAAAAUAUUAAAAAUAUAUCUUUCCGCAUAAAUUUCAUUUAUAUU